GCACACGAGGCUAACUUUGCCCCGUUUGUGGAGGACGACGUGGGCUUUAAGGAGUACUGCAGCAGCAUGCGCGAGGACGGCACGUGGGGAGGGCACAUGGAGCUCCAGGCAGUUUCCCUGCUGCUGAAAAGAAACGUGUGCAUUCACCAGUUGCAGCAGCCGAGGUGGAACAUUGUCAACUUUGACGACGCCAGCACUCCCACCAUCCACCUCUCAUACCACGACGGGGAUCACUACAACAGCGUGCGGAUGGAAGGGGACGUUGGAUCUACACCAGCUCAACCAAUCACCAUUCAGGGUAGCGGUGGCAAUGGCAAGGGCCAAGCCUCACAAGCACGGUCAUCUGCACCUGCAGCAUCGGUCCCUGGGUCAGCAGCAUCGAGUGUGGAUGAAGGGGCGGUGAAGCUCGUCAUGUCCUCCACAGGCUGCCAUGACCGCCAGAGAAUCAUUCAGAGGGAUAUUCAGGCUGUGGCUGCCAUGUCCUCCAGAGAAUGUUUUGCCCGUUUACCAUCCCUUCUCUCCCCUCAUCCCACGUGGCAGACCUUGGAUGACCUGUCAGGUGACGUGGAUGCAGCCAUAGAGUACCUCAUUGCUGUCCUGGCCAAUGAAACGACGCCAUGUGGCGAUGCAGAGCAUGCAGCACCUCUCUCCUCAUCCUCGAUUCCUCUGGGUCCUGUGCUAGCAGAAACACCAGCAACUGCACCAUCUUUCUGCCAUGUGGACACUUACCCGCCGUUAACACUGCUAGAUUCUUUGUAUGGAGGAUCGCGCACGUUGUCUCGAGCAACUCAAAACAUGGUUGAGUUCAAAGCUAUGGAAGAUGAUGAGGAAGAGGAAAGCAGUGAUCUAGAGGGUGACGAGGAAUGGUUCAAACAGGGAAAGCAUCCCAAGGGUUCAUGCACCCCCGUUGCAAGCAACGUCACUAUCCCGAUAAAGACCGCCGCCGAUUUUCAGAAGCGGAAACAGCAGGGCCGCAACCAAACCGUCGUGCUUAUGCUGCAAAACAGCCUGCUGCUCAGUCAGGGAAGCGGGUUGCUCUUUGACGCGGAUUUCUCCUGCACCAUUUUAACCGCUGCAAAACCGAAUUUGUACAUCAAAUAUAACGACGACGAUAUGCCAACGCUUCGCAUCUGGAACACGAGCAACGUGCUUGUAUACGGCAUAAAUUUCCUCGUUGCAGUCACGGCCGCCUCGCCCCAGUGCCCGAACGUACCUGAGGUUGGUACGGGGGUCAACUGUCCCGCCGUACACAUCUCCCGGUCGUACGGUGUCAUCUUCGGCAAGUCUACAGUGUUCGGACGCGUGGACGUUCACAGGAGCAUGAAUUCGCGAGUCGACAGCAUCAAGGUUACCGGCUCCCCAACUUUCGCCAGUUCGCACGGAGUCAUUCGCGUGGCGUACAGUGGACACAGCACAAAGCUUAUCAAGGCGAACAUUGCUAUAUCCAAUAACGAGGCGUAUGGUGUGGACACCCCGAUCGUCUUAUAUCGAGGCGCGGUGGGAGUGAAAGUGUUCCGCAACUACGUGCACGAUUUCAUCUUCGCGGGAAUCCGGUGCGGCGCGGACGUGCAUUUCGCGGGCGACUGUAUGAUGACGAAUGUCUCCAACAACCUUGUAGUCGCUAAAGGGCGCAACACUAACGGGGAUCACGACGCGGCGGGGAUCUACUACUGCACGCACUGGUUCAACCCGGGGAACGUGGCGCAGUGUAACUACGUCUUUAAUGGCGACCAUUGCUACUAUUUGGACUAUGACACGUCGGACGUGCGCAUCCGCGGCGGCGCGUGUAUCAACACGUACGACGGGAUUAAAGUCAACAACGGAAAGAGGAACGUCAUCAAGGACGUGGUGAUGAAGGGGCAGAUUGGUGCAGUGGGGUGGUGCACGUGCCUCACGCCCACCGUGAACAACUGCCUCAAGGACCCCGGCCUUUACUGGGAGAACAUGCGCAAGGCUUACUAUGACACGCCCACAUUUAGAAAGUACUGGCCGUGGUGGAAGAACGUGUGUCAGGAGAGCGCAGUCAAUGGGCUGAACUGCAACCCCCCGGGCGGCAUGACCGCCGCCCAAACCGGCAAAUGCAGCGGCCUGGCCACGGAGAACCAGCUGGAUUUGAUCCUCGUGAACACGACGCGUGACAGCCUCGAGUAUAAGUACUGCGAAACGCUACCGGCUAUGCAUAAACUGAACCAGCACACUCACGUGAAGGUGGGCUCGGUUCCUUCCGCCGGGUUCCGGAAUUACAAGCGGAAUGAUCUGGGUUUGAGGCUCUGGUCGGAUAUUCGGCUGAAGCGGCCGAAUGUUUUGAGCUGCCCGAGACGGGCGACCGGGCCGCAGAAGAAGAUUAACGCGGCGUGGUACCUGAGGAGGUUCAACAUUGGGAAGCCAAAGGGGUUUGAUGAGGUGCUGACGAUGACGACACAGCACCUCAUGGACCAAUCACAGAUUCCCAACACCAGCGACGAUGACGGCGCGUCGUACGGAAAUGACGACUACGGAGGCGUGGCUGCCGGCAGCCCGCCUGCUUUCUCUGACGGCGACGGCAUCUUUGAUGGUGGGAGCAGUGGCAAUGACGGCGCGUCAAAAUCCGCGUUCGGAAAGCCUAGUUUUGGCGGGAAACCGAACCGUUGGAACGGUGACCAGGACUUGGAUUCUGACAUAGGAGGUUCCGGUUUAGGAGGCUCCGGUAUAGGAGGCUCCGGUUUUGGAGGAGCUAGCUCCUGGAAAUCCGGGAAGGGUAUCGGAAGAGGAGGGGGAGCGCGGUCCGGAUGGGGGGGAAAUGAUGACGUGGACAGCGCUGGUGCAGGGCUCGGUGGGUCGAACUUUCCUCGACGGUUCACAGAAGGUUCUGAUGAUGACAAUGGAGAAGAUCCGCUGUAUCCGAGGGACAGCCGGCAAGUGAUUGAUGCGAUUGGUGCUCUGAGCGGGGGGAGGGGAGGCUUGAAACGAGGGGGGAGGCGAGGCGGGGACUACGAGGAGGAGGAGGGUGAGGCGUUGGGUGCGGUUGGGAGGGGUAGGAGCGGGAGGAAAGGGAAGAAGAAGCGCGGGAAGAAGAAGAAGCGGACGAAGAGGAGGGGGAAGAAGGGGAAGCGGGGAAAGUGGAGUGAAGGCAGCAAGGGAAGGGGAGCAUGGCAUGAAGGAGGGGCGCUUCAAAGCGCCUUCGGCCGUGACUUGAGUGGGGACACUGAUGAUGAGGGUGGCCUGGGCGGCAGCGGCGCCAUGGGCUUUGGCAGGAAGCGUGCAGAAACCCCCUUCUCCUCUUCUUCCUUCCAUCACAUUUCUAAGUCGAUACAUAAGUCCUCUACGUUUUUUUGCCCCCUUCUCCAACCCCUUCCUCCCUGCAGUGGGGACACUGAUGAUGAGGGUAGCCUGGGCGGCAGCAGCGGCACGGGCUUUGGCAGGAAGCGUGCAGGAACCCCCUUCGCCUCCUCUUCCUCCUCCUUCCCUCGCAGCAGCAGCUUAGGAGCUUUGGGGGGAAAUGAUGAUGAUGAUGACGAUGAGGGUGGUGCUGCUGGUGGUAUGGGUGGCAGGGGGAUGGGGGGUUUCGGAGGAGCAGGUGUGAGGGGAGCAGCAGGAGGAGCAGGGGGAGCGGGAGGAGCGGGAGGAGUGGGCGGGGACGGAGAUGAGAUGGAAGAGGACGAUGUUGCUGCAGGCUCUGAUACCAGUAGCAGCAGCAGCAGCAGCAGCAGCAAGGCUGGGGGCUCGUCUGGGGGGAUACUGGGAUUUUUCUCGAGCAUGUUUGGGGGGGGGAAGAAGACAGGCUCAGCUGGGGAAGGGGCCACUGUUGGGGGCACCAGUGGAGGUACUGGGGGGGGUGCAGCAGAUGAUUGGGACGAGGAGGAGGAGGGUGGUAUGGGCGUGGGAGGGAACACAGGAGGGAGUGCAGGGGGCACGGAACGUGGUUUAGGAGGAGGGGGCUUGGGGGGGGUUGUAGGAGGGGGCAUGGGGAGAAGCAGCAGGGCGUCUGGGUUUGAGGAUGGGGAGGAGGAUAUGGAGAGCUGGCAGGGGACAGGAACAGGGGCGGCAGCAGGUGGUAAUGAUACCACUAGCAGCAGCAGCAGUUUGGGAGGGGGUGGUGGUAGUGGGAGCAGCGGCUCUGGCCUGUGGUCGUGGUUUUCUAAGAAGCGCAGUGGUGGUGACAGCAGCAGCGGCAUUGAUGCCAGCGCUGACGGAGCAGGGGCAGGAUCAGGAGCAGCAGAUGUGCCGGGUGGGGGUAAUGUUGAUGACUAUGAUGGGGAUGGGCAGAUGGGUGGAGGGGCAACAGGAGGUGCAGGAAGGAUGGGAGGCGUAGGGGGUAGAGGUGCCGGAAUGGGAGGUGCAGGAGCAGCAGGAAUGGCAGGUAGGGGUGAUGCAGAUGAUUAUGGUGGGGAUGGGCGGGUGGGUGGAGGGGCAUUAGGAGGAGGUGCGGGAAGGAUGGGAGGUGUUAAAGGUAGAGGUGCAGGAUUGGGUGGUUCGGCCAUGGGAGGUUUGGGCAUGGGAGGUUCAGGCAUGGGAGGUUCGGGCAUGGGAGGUUCGGGCAUGGGAGGUUCAGGCAUGGGAGGUUCAGGCAUGGGAGGUUCAGGCAUGGGAGGUUUGGGCAUGGGAGGUUCAGGCAUGGGAGGUUCAGGCAUGGGAGGUUCGGGCAUGGGAGCUGCGGGCAUGGGAAGUGCGGGCAUGGGAGGUGCGGGCAUGGGAGGUUCAGGCAUGGAAGGAGCGGGCAUGGGAGGUUCGGGCAUGGGAGCUGCGGGCAUGGAUGGUGGUCCGUUCCAGCGGAGUGGCUCGUUUGGGGAGAGUGGGGAUGCAGAUGUGAUGGAGGGCGGCAGGGUGGGGCGUGGGGUGGGGAGGAGCAGGUCGGGGAGAGUGAGGGGGCGACCAGGCAUGGAGGGGUUGGAGGGGAUGGGAGCAAGAGAGGGUAUGGAAGCAGGGGACGGCAUUGGGGGUGGUGGGACUGGUGGGGUUGGCAGAGGUGGCAGGAGUGGGUUCAGGAUGGGUAGGUUGGGCAACUCUGGUGGUGCUGCUGGUUCUGGUGCUGGUUUUGCUGGUGGUGGUGCUGGUGUUGGUGGUGCUGCUGCUAGUGGUGGUGUGGGUGGGUUCAGAAGACCAGGUGGGGGGCUUGGUGGUCGAGGCAGGGGACGCCCAGCUCUGGAAGACGAGGAAUGA